GAGUAAUUUUUUCAAGAAAGAAACACAAAGAAGAUUCAGAUCAUCAAAAGCAAGCAACCAACUAUUAUCGCCAUGGACGCCAUUGAUUCCGUCGUUGAUCCUCUCAGAGACUUCGCUAAGGAUAGCAUCCGUCUCGUUAAGCGUUGCCACAAACCAGAUCGCAAAGAGUUCACGAAAGUUGCAGUUCGUACGGCGAUAGGGUUUGUAGUGAUGGGAUUCGUUGGCUUCUUUGUGAAGCUCAUCUUUAUUCCCAUCAACAACAUCAUCGUCGGCGCCACUUAGCAUCAAUUCUUGUUAGGACCCAUCAUGCUUCUCCUGUGGUUGGAUUAUACAAUGGUGUUCUCAGUUGUGUCAAGAAAAAAGGUCUUUAUGUUUACUGCAUUCAAUAUCUGAGUACUUCAUAUUCAAUGAGAGAUUGUUGAAAUUUAUCCAAACAAGUAGCUUUUGAUCACUGUCAUAUACAAGUCUAGAAUCUGAUCAAUGUAAAAUUUGUGUUGAGCAUUUGUCAUUCAAGGGAAAGAUGGUUAACGAAGAAAUUUGCUUUUUCAGUAAUCAUUAGAUGAAAACUGUUGUUUGGGAACUACUCUUCUAAGUCU